UAACGUGAUUUGCAUAAUAUUGAUUCUAAAUACAUUGUAAAUGUAACAUCAUUAAUUUAUAAUUCUAUUAUUGUUCGUAUAGUUUUAAUGUUUUUUACUACGCAACAAAGAAACAAUGUCUUGGUACGUGCCAUUUGCAGAGAAUAUAAAGAAAAGGGCAUGCAGAUAUCUUUUGCAAAGAUAUUUGGGUCAAUAUUUAGAAGAAAAAUUAACCUUGGAUCAACUAACAGUUGAUUUAUUCAAAGGGACUGGAAGUGUUUCUGAUGUUACUUUAGAUUGCCAGGCUAUUAACGAAUUGUGUACUAGUCAAGGACUGCCAAUAGAAAUACUUGAGGGUCAUGUUGCAUCAGUUUCAGUCAGUAUUCCCUGGAGUGCUCCAUUAUCUGACGACAGUUUUGUUGAUGUUUCUGGUUUAGUAGUCACCAUUCGCCCUAAAGCUCGAAUUGAUCAUGGAACAUCUGUACUUGAAUCAAUGUGGUCUUCUAUGUCAAGCUCUAUGCAACUCGCAAGAGAUUGCUUGGAAAAGGAAGGAAUUUCUGUAUCAGCAAUGGGACAACCCUUGGAGGGGCUAGAACACUUUGCACAAACCAUUGACUCUAUAUUGACAAGAAUAAAAGUACGUUUAACUAACUCCAUUAUAAAGCUAGAACAUUGUCCAAAUAAUGGGAAUAAUUGCCUCACUUUACAAAUUAAUAUAAAAAAUUUAGAAUAUUUUGAUGAAGCUGGUACAGAUGUUUCAAAUGAUGAUAAUGAAGAGAACAAAAAAUAUGUAUACUCAUCUUUCACAAAUCGACACAUUGCCAUUGAAGGAGUUUCUUUUUUCUCAAAUGAAGACAUUUUGAAAUAUGAUGAAGAGGAACAUUUAUUACAGAAGCAAAGCUUUACUUCACAAAGUGAUAGUAUCAUUAAUGACAAUACAAACCUACAAUCCACAAAUGAUAUAUAUUUCAGUUGUGAAAUGAAUUCAAUUUUAAAAGAAAGCACGACAAAAGAAUGCGGAGAAGAAGACAAGAUAGAUCGUGAAGAGUUAUCUUCUAAUAAUGAGUUAGAUACAUCUCCUGAACCCAUAUUGUUUGGUCAACUUCUUGGUAGACAAGAAAUCCAAAUUAAAAUGAAGCAAUCGGAGUUUAUUGUCGGACCAAAAGUACAACUUGAUGUUUCUUUGGGCUCUUUAACGUGUUUUUUAACUCCGAGGCAACUACAUGCAUUAAUUGAAAUAUUAUCUGCCUUGAGCAAUCCAGAAUCUGAUAAUAUAAGUGGCAAAUCUGGCCGAGGGCUGAUUACAAAACCAAUGACUUCAGCACAUUUUAAAUUGAUUGAAGAGGACUUACAAGCAAGACUUAAAACACCACAGAGUGUUUUAUCUGGUAUCUCUAAUGUUCAUAGGUGGUCUGCAGCUCAAAUAGAUGAUGAAGGAGAUAAUGAUCCAGAAUUUCAACCAUUUCGAGGAUUUGGUAUGUCAGACUCUAUUAUGUCAAAUAACAGUACACUGUCAAUGACGAGCUCUAUUGGUUCUAGCAUAAGCCAAACUAGUUCUCGGUUGAGUAAUCAAAAUAAACCAAAAGGGAGCUUAGAUGGAGUAUAUGUGGGCAAUGAAAAUGGAAAUGAAAUUUCACAUUAUAACUUUCGACUAGCUUCACUUGCAGUAAUAAUUUUACAUGAGGAUGUAUUAACAACAUCAACAGGACUCCGAAAUAUUGAAGAAACUAGAUUAUGCAGAAAUAGCAUAGAGCAAUUACGAACAUUGUCUCAAGACUUUUUUCAGACUAUGGGUUUAUAUUCAGCUUUUGGUUCUAAAGAUUUUUCAAAAGCUAUAGAGUUAUUCAAUAAUGCUUGCGGACUCAAUCAUAUAAGAUUACUUGCUGCGCCUGUGAUUGUAGAAGGUCACGAGAGAAAAAGUGGUAGUGGGUCUUUUCUAGAAAUUGAUGCUACCGCUGCAAAAUUAGUUUUGCAUGAAUUAAGACCUAAACAAAAAAAUACUGAUUUUUUAAUUCCACUUAUAGAGUUUUCACAACUGAAUAAAUCAGGUCACAUGGUUCUUAUCACAAAACCACAGCUCAAAAUGAAAUUCAAGAUGCUCCAAAAAUCAACUUCAUCAAGUAUAAGUAAUAGAGGUCACAGAAAAUUUCCUCGGUCUGAGUUGAGUAUAUACUUGGAACCAUGUUCUUGUGAGGUGGAUAUAACCAUUAUAGACAGGAUAUCAGCAUUGUUCAUAACUCCUAUUUGGACAACUUCAAAAAUAUUUUCGAUGAGGAAGCAAAGCUCUGUUGACAUUAAUAUAAACCCGGACAGUGUAUGUGAAUUCAAGCUGAUUUGUGAUGAAAUUCAAGUAAAACUUAGAUUUCCAGUUGUUGAUCUCAGGCCUAAACAUGAUCCAUUGAGACCACCGUGGUGGGAUCGCAAUAUUCACUCGGACUAUGCAAUUAUAACACUUAAACAAAAUAGUGGAAAAAUUAACUCUAUUGCAAAUAAUGGUCUCAGAUAUGAACUACAAUGUCAAGAGGUUUUUAUAGAUUAUGUUGAGGCUGAAUGCAAUAAAAGGAUUCCUAUUGCUCAUGCUGGUUCAAAGGGCAAGCUUACAACUUCAAAAGUAAAUAUAGAGAAUGAUACAGAUUGGCCAAGAUUUGUAUUAGAAGUGCAUCCUUCCAAACAAAAGUUCUCUUUGGAAUCUUCAAGUGAUAGUGAUCUUCCUACUAUAGAUCCCAUGCUAGCCUCUAUAGGUGGUGCUCUUAAAAAUAAUAUGGAAAUUAAGGAACCUUCACCAUUCAGUGCUAAAAGAAUGAUACACAGGAGCGACACUUCACAUAUAGGUGAAUCUGAUGAACUUGUAAUCCCCGGAACAAGAUCGGAAAUGAAACAAUUUAGCGAAGCUGCAAAAUCAAAUUCUUUAAUGCAAAUUGAGCUGUCACUACAAUAUGUAUCAAUUCAAUUAGGCUCAAAACACAUAUAUGAAAAAAUUUACAAUCAUAUAAAUACAGAUCUCUUGUUAUGGGAACCAUGUGCAUCUUUUAUUUCAUCUGCUUGUACUGGCAGCAUUAUGCAAGAUAUACCAAUAUUUUCUUUGUGCAAGAGUGGUAUACAUUAUGAUUCAGAAAGCAGUACGCAUGAGUCUGACUCGGAUUCAAACAGUGGCCUCCAAUCAGUAUUUUAUUCUGUGUGUGAUCGUAAAACUUUGAAUUCAUGUAAUGAACAUAAUAUAAGUUUCAAUUUGGAUAUAAAGCAAGGAUUACUCACCAUGUGUGCACCUGUCAGAGAUACUGCCAAUCAUGUCAUUCCUGGACAACAAGGUGAAUUUGUUAUUCGCACUGGUGAGCUAUCAAUGUUUUCUGUAUCUGGUUUCAAUGGUAAUGCAGAACUUGGCUUUGUUUGCGUUCAAGCUAAAGAUACGGAAAUAUAUCAUAGUGGGUUACAUUCAAUACCAGAAACUUCACAAGCUUUACGAUUAGUUGAUUGUUCCCUACCUAGCUAUAUCCAAAAAACAAUUCUACCUGAUUCUGAGCACCACUAUCGAGAUCUUGAUGAUAUUGAUUCUAGAGAUAUGGUUACUGUAGCCUUAAAGAUUCAAGCAAAUCAUGAAUCUAAAUUGAAGCAUAUAUGCACUGCUAUAGGAGUUCAGGAAGCAAUGCUAAUGCAUAGAUCAGCACCACCUGCUCACACCUGGCUCACACAAUUAAUUGAUUUAUUUGAUGUUCAGGAUCUUCCAGUUCAGGGGUACGAGCCUUCUAAUGUUAUUACUGAAAUACAUUUACAUGUUUGGGAUUCAGCAGUAGAAUACAGACCGUUAUAUAUGCCUUUACGUGCCCGAUUAACACUUGGAAUGUUUUCAAUGAGCAGUAACAUUAUAGCUCAAAGUACUGGAGUUAAUUUGAGGUUUAUGGCUGAGGAUUGCACAUUACAACUUGCUGAUUUAAAUCAUUUAUCGACAAACCAUAUUAAACUUAAUCUUAAAGAUUUAUUUUAUGUUACUGUUGUAGAACUUGGGUUAUUUGAAUUGUCUCUGAGGCUCAAUGAGAAGGGUACUAAAAAUUGCCCUAGAGUAGAUCUUCGUGCUUCAAAUAAUGCUCUGCUAAUUAAAACUUGUGCAGACAGUGGCAGAGCAUUAGCUCAUCUUAUUGCUUAUAUAGCUGAAGAAGGUGAUCUUCAGUCCACCAAUCAAGAUCCAACUUCGUUGCCAGCUUGUGUACAACCAAGUGAUGAAAUUUUGUUGGAAGAUGGUCAAAGUUUGCCUACUGCUCAGUCCAAAAAAUUAGAAGAAAAAGUUAAUGAGCUGAUGGCUGAAGCUAUGUUAGAAAGCUUGAGAGUUUCAACAACAGAAAAUGAAUCGGAUAUUGUACCAAAAGGUGUAGAGGUGUUUUUUUUUCCAGAUGAAGCGAAAGAGCCAAAAUUGUCUAAUGUCGAACAAUGUGAAACCAAUACAUCUACUUCCAAAAAUAAUAUGGCUAAAAUUGAUAAGAAGAAGAAACUAUCGACGGGUGAUGAUUUCUGCAUCGUUGGCGACGAAUCCGGUGUGGGGGUUUAUCCGAAAAAUGGCCAUCCGAAAGUGCGAUGGCUUACUAAUGAACCAUUUCAUAUAGUAGAUAACCAUUUUACUAUACCCACAUCAAAGACUGAUUUUUUAAAAGCUCCACGUGAUUUUCCAAUGGCUCUCUUUCGGUAUACCUUAUGUGAGGUUACAUUUACUUGGUUUAUGUAUGGUGGAAAUGAUUUUGAACAAAGUUCAGCAGUAGGGUCUAGUAAACGAAAGGUGGUUACUAUAGACGAAAAUAUUAGUAAUAAUUCUGUGAGAUACCAAGUAUCUGGUUCUAAGAAUAUAAACAUAAUUCGUGAUGAUGUCUAUGGAAAAUCUAAAGUGCUUAAGAAAAGCAAUGGCAGCAAUCGUAAAGAAAACGUAUUGGUAGAAGUUCAUGUAAAUAAAGUAAGAUUUACACAUGAAACUUACCCAGAUCAAACCAAUUAUGCAUCUCGGCAGGUUCUUUUAAUUGGCGAUUUAGAAGUUAGAGAUCGUCUUGAAGUUUCUCAAAUUAAUAAAUUGCUGUAUCAGCAAUCGAGUGAACAGCGACCAAGACAAUCUCAUGCAAAUAUGAUAACAAUUAAAGCAACACAUAUGCGCCCAGAUCCGCACCAGGCAGCACAGGAAUGCAGUUUGCGCAUUUCUUUACUACCUUUAAGACUUAAUAUUGAUCAAGAUACCUUGCUAUUUUUAAUUCAGUUCUUUAGUGAAUUGAGUGGGUCUCCAAUAAACAAAAGUAUAAUUUUUAGUCCCGAUGUGCCUAUAAUAGAUUACAAUGGAAAGCGAGUGGAACUCUCACAUGGACCGUUAGCAGGUUUAUUAAUGGGCUUAGGUCAACUGGAAUGUUCAGAACUAACUUUAAAAAGAAUUACUCACAAGCAUGGCAUUUUGGGCAUUGAUAAACUCAUGAACUUCCUCAUGCAACAGUGGCUGCAAGAUAUAAAAAAACGUCAAUUGCCAUCACUGUUAGGUGGAAUUGGACCUAUUCAUUCGUUUGUUCAAUUGUUCCAAGGCAUUCGCGAUUUAUUCUGGCUUCCAAUUGAACAAUAUCAAAAAGAUGGCCGCAUUGUCAGAGGACUACAGAGAGGUGCUAAUAGUUUCACUGCCUGCACAGCUUUAGCAGCUCUGCAAAUUACGACAAGAAUCAUUCAUUUGAUCCAGGCAACAGCCGAGACUGCUUUUGACAUGGUAUCACCUGGACCAAGUGUUAAACGCGGUUCU